UGGAUGGAACACAUGCAUAUGCACGCUAAUACAUGCCGCCCCAUUGGUCCAAAAUACCGAGUAACAACCCAAAGUAUGUACUCGAUACCCUAUAUAACAAUCGAAUGAUCCCCAUCAUCCAGUUCACAAAGUUGAAUCAUACCAACCCAGGCAAAAUGUAUCUCAACGCCUCGCACGCCGAAACCCACCUCCCAACCCUCCGCCAGUUCAUCAAGGAUAAUGCCCUGGGAACCAUCACCACCGGUAUCCAGUCCUCCUCCUACCCCUUCCUCCAAUCAAGCCACAUCCCAUGGAUCAUCGACGUAGCGGAUGACUCGAGCGAAACCGAGCUCGGCACUCUACGCGGCCACAUCGCGCGCCAAAACCCACAGGCAAAAGCGAUGAUCGAAUCGGCCAACUCGAUCCGUCCCGAGGGGUCGUCGGGCGCUAUCCAGCUCAAGGAUGAGGUGUUGGUGCUUUUCACUGGACCAGUGCAUCACUACGUCACGCCGAAGUGGUAUACUGAGACGAAGCCGGCUACGGGGAAGGUUGUCCCCACGUGGAACUACUCUGCCGUGCAGGCGUACGGCAAGGUGACGGUUUACGUUGAUACGAAUGCGGCUGAGUCGACGGAGUUCCUGUCGAGCCAGAUUGAUGCGUUGUCGAGACAUGCGGAGACGUCGAUUAUGGGGUAUACUGGUGGGGAGAAGUUGAAUCCGUGGGAGGUGGCGGAUGCGCCAGACAGGUAUAUUGCGCUGUUGCAGAAGGCGAUCAUGGGGAUCAAGGUUGAUAUUACCCGGCUCGAGGGCAAAUUCAAGAUGAGUCAGGAAAUGAACAAGGGAGAUCGCGAGGGUGUUAUUGAGGGCUUUGAUAAGCUGGGAACAGAUGUUGGCAAGGAAAUGUCUGAGAGUGUGAGGGUGAGACACGAAGCCAAAUCGUGAGACUCGAAAGUCAUAGUGAAUUAAUUAGAUUGCCUCUUUGAUGAACCGGAAAAGGCCUUGAUAUGAUAUGACAGUAAACCACCAACGCCAAACCUUAAGAACCAACCAUAGGGUAUUAAUAUUUCCUGAAACUCAACAAACGCCAAAGGAGACCUGCUUUUGACUAGCUGCCAAUCCGAUCGAUGUCAUUAGAUAUGUAGUACUCAUUGUCGAUACGAAUAGACGCAGAACUGAAUGAAUAAGCAUCGUUAUCACGAAACUCUAUCCUGCAGCCAAUUAUGCUCCUUCAGCCACCAAAUGACAACCACCACACCCGCCACGAAGAUAGCGACAAAAAGAAAGAUCAGAAAGCCGAAUAGGAUGCUUCGUUCUCGUUUUUU